UUCUGCAAGGGUAUUCAAUUGUCGGUUAUUUAAAACUUGAUUUUUUAUGAUUUCAUUUUUGUUUAAGUUUUUUGGGCGCAGGAAAUUCCGAGCAGCGCCGGGCGGCCAGUGCUCAAUGGACUUGGACUCUUGUUGACCGACGCCGCAGACGAUAGCUAGAUCUCUCUAUAAAUACUAGAUGAAUAUUUGAUAGUAAACAUUCAACAUGGCAGCCCCUUCCGUGUCGCUGCUGACCCUAGACGAUUAUUGUUUAGCAAAUGUAUUCAGAUAUUUUACACUGGAUGAGUUAAUGGUGAAUUUGGGAAAAGUUCAUCCUCGUAUCGACAAUGCUAUCGAACGGCAGCUGCACAGAUAUCGUCACAUUGAAUUUUCCAUGCGUUUUCCGCCUCAAUAUGACAAAAAUCAAUUUCAAAUACUUGGCCAAUACGUGGAAGUUGUCAACAUAAAUGUAGGCUAUUCCAUACGACCGGAAAAUGUGUUGUCUAUUCUGCAACCCCUCUGUGUAGGUGCAAAGGAGAGCGGCAAAUUAAAGGCACUCAAAAUACAACAUGCCAAUAUAACGACUGACUAUAUAAAUGUGAUCCACCUGGUGGCUCCUUUGCUUCUCGAAUUGGAUCUUAGUCGUUGCGACGUGGAGGACUUAACUCAAUUGAAUAUGAUUUUAACGUCGGCAACAAAACUGAAGACACUGGCGCUAAACAACAAGGAUGUGGAAGGUCUGGAUACAUCACUGUUUAGUCGGCUGCACGUCUUCAAAAUUAAUUGGCUGAUGGGAACGAAUCUUUUAAACGUUACUGCAAUUAAUCAACAAUUUCCAUUUUUGACUAUUGCUAUAUACAAGAGUAAUCAAGUUGAUAUAUAUGGACCGCCUCUCAUUAAAAAUACUGGAUAUUUUCACUAGCUACCUAUGUGAAUUUAUUG